AUGAAUUUACCGAAAGUAUUUCGGCACGCCAAAAUACUUUCGGUAGGAAACCUUAGGCCUGUAUUUAAACAAUCCCCUAUAUUGCUUCUGAUUCAACCAUUACAUAACGAAAGGAGUACGUUCAACUGGAAUAAACAUUCACUUUCGACUUAUUCCCAAGCUUUGUACAGUUUAAAAUCAAAGUCGCACGCAGCAAAUCUCAGCUUAAAUUCGUCGGAGGGCUCUGAUAGUGGAUCGAAAAAUAACGGCCAACAGGGAGAAAGUGGCGAUGGUGGUGGUAAUCAAAAUAAUUCGAACAGUAAUAACAACGCGGAUAAUCCUGGAAAUGGAAACAAAGGUGAUGGGUCGGGAAAAGGUGGUGAUGGGUCAGGAAAAGGCGGUGAUGGGUCGGGAGACAACACUUCUUCUCGAUCACC